AUUGAAUUCUCAUGUCAAUUUAAACUCCCAAGACAAACCGGAACAACUUUAUAUCACAUGGGGUUUUAGCCAUAAUACAUCAUUCCCAAUUUAUAACCUUAGCAUUUCAUUUCACUUACUUUCUUUCUUUCUCCUUUUUUUCUCUCCUCCGGCUAUGGCAUCUACCCCCCAAAACCAUGAUGAUGAUAAUAGACAGAGAGCCGACCCGAAAGAGGAAUGGACCAGGGUUCGACGUAAAGGAAAACGACAUUUUAACGCAUCUCAAUACAUCACUUCUCCAAAUCAUAAUUCUAACCCCUACGAAUUAACGUCAAGGUUAUCAUUUCUGUCUGUUUCGGACAUCGAGAGGGAACAUCGACAAAUUGCGAAACAAUGGGAAGUUUCUAUAUGUUGUCGCCAAUUACAAGAAAUCAUCGCAUCCCGCGUAGGCAUCUCUAAUGUCACCGAAGCCAUAUGUUUUGGCUUAGGGUCCUUCGACCCCAAGGAUGGUUCUUGGGAAGUCAAAAGAAGGGCCCAUGUACAGCUCGCCGCCUUUCGGUGUAUGGUUAACGAGCUACAGCGUGGCAGUUCUCACGGAAUUCGUUGCGUAUUUCAGGAGCCACUUUUCAACUCGUCGGAUAAAGCCUUCAUCCACAGCUUAGGAUAUGAGGUCGUCGAUUCCCCGGAAGGGUUCGAACAGGUACGCUCAUCGACAUUGGUUUUUGGUAUUCACUUAUACAAGGAUAUCUACGCGCAAGCCAUUGCCAAUUAUGCUCCUGCAGUGUUUGUUGGAACCCCUCAAGAGGUUUGGGAAGAGUGAGUACUAUUUUCCCUUUACUACUUUUCAUUCAUAUGUUAUGAGCCGUAGGUAUCCAUUAACGCUAGGUAGAUGCCUCGACCAUAAUCAUUUAG